AUGAAAGCAAGCCUUGUGCUCAAUAAAAGCGGCGAUUCACCGAUCGAUUUUGCAUUUCUCAGAGUUGAUGGUAUCUUUCAUCAUUUAAUGGGUUCUAACCUAUUAAGGACGCCAGCAUCUUUACUGUCACAAACUCGAUUUUUGUUGCGUCCCCCAAGAAACUUGCCGUACCGCGGGAUUUACAGAACGGAAGGUGAAAAAGUUCGCAAGGAUGAUAUACUAGUGUGCCAACGGAACCUCAACUAUCAUCCUGGGUUAAAUGUUUAUUUUGAAAAUGAUCGGACGGAAAAACUCUUGCGGUCAUCUUGCGAUGGGAUUGUUCGUAUCACCUCCGAAAUCGUUAAUCCCGACAUGAGUAAUCCGGAAAUGUCGGUGUACGAACAUAGGAAAGACGUGGAGUUGCGAAAGUUAACCUUCAAUAGGUGGUAUCAAAAACCACUAGAUACGUUCUAUCAUCAUUUUGUCUUAUAUAUCUGUGUUUCAUUUGAACCGUUAUAUUGUCCAAAUAUUUUAGUUCCGGUACCAGUCAUGGAGAAGGCUAAAGAAGGACCAAACCUGAAAAGAGAUAUUCAUAGAAUACUAGAGCUUAUGGAGCAUGUGCAGAAAACUGGAGAGGUGUCAUCUCCUAAGCUUGCUUCUCUCCAAGCGAUCCUUCAGUCGGAGUUCUUCAAUGCUGUGCGAGAAGUGUAUGAAACUGUGUACGAUAUAGUAGAUAUUGAUGGAUCUCCCGAGGUGCGAGCAUCGGCAACAGCAAAAGCUACAGUUGCCGCGUUUGCUGCUGCUGAGGGACAUGCGCAUCCACGUGUUGUAGAGCUUCCAAAAACAGAUCAAGGCUUGGGUUUUAAUGUAAUGGGUGGAAAAGAGCAAAACUCCCCUAUCUACAUUUCAAGAAUCAUUCCUGGUGGCGUCGCAGAUCGCCAUGGUGGAUUGAGACGCGGUGAUCAGUUAAUUGCUGUGAAUGGAGUUGUGAGUGGCAGUUUUCGUUCC